UGUGGUUUACUAUACUUGGUCAUAUGGCUUUGUUACUGGUUGUUUUAUCUUGGGCUUCACUGUACCGUACCUUUCGAUCUAUCCAACGAUUUUGAUGAUUUUGCUGUCACUCCUUUACAAAGGCACAACCUUUUUUUGGGACGACAGUCGAGGCAGGCUGAAGGCGUGGCUUCAUCGAGUGGUCAGCGAAAUGUGGUGGAGCAUCGCUCGAAUCUAUCACGGGUACGAGGUUUACGGAUUAGAUCGAAUACCUGCGAAAGGUGCCCUAAUCGUCUAUUAUCACGGCAUGGUACCGAUUGACGCUAUAUACAUCAGUGCUGUGUUCCACAAGUUCCUAAACCAGCAAAUCGUGGCCGUCAUCGACAAGACACUUUAUCGCACCCCUGGAGUCCGAAUUAUGGCUGAGGUAAUGGGAGCGACGUGUGGUAAUCGCGCUCAUUGCACCGAACUAUUACGGCUCGGCCGAUAUCUAUCUGUCAGCCCGGGCGGAGCGUACGAAGCUAUGUUCAGCAGGGAAUAUUCACUUGAAUGGCGACGACGACGGGGUUUCGCCCAAAUGACCAAGGACUCCGGUAAACCAGUUGUACCAAUGUUCACACAGAAUAUUCGCCAAUUUACUGACAUGGUCCCGUUUUGCGCUGAUGGUCUAAUACGGGAAUUCUACGACAAAGUUCGAUUCCCAUUAUGCAUUGCCUUUGGUGGCUAUCCCGUGAAGCUCAGGACGUACUUCGGUGAACCAUUAUACUGUGGCAAAAAUGAAACAGUUGAGGAGUUUACAGCAAGGGUGAAGUCAGCUAUUGAAGAGCUCCGCGACAGGCACCAACACCAGCCUGGAAGCGUCCUCUUGGCCUUACUAGAUCGGUUCCGAAGAUCCAAACCCAAAUAUUAAUUAAUAAGAGUUACACAACAGAGUUCAUUGCAUUAAGCUUUUUUAUUUACACCAUGUUAGUGUUCUACAUUUUCUGGCUCUCCAAGCUCUUCGGAUACCACUACGGAGACCGAAAAACGCGCUUGCCCAGCCUUGUAGUUAAGUUAUUUUUGAGUGUGUGUUUACUCACCAUUGUUAAUAUUGUUUUCACUAUAACUUCACACUGUGAAGACGCUUCGUUUGCCAGAUUGAUCUGAAUAUCAGAAUUUGGAUGUCCAGAAGAAUAUACCUAAGGAGCGCUAUUCAACGGCCUUAGAUUUCGCAUAGCUUAAAUGGUAAAAAACAGCGAUCUCAACUAUAUAAUAGAUAUUUAGAUCUAAUUUGGUUUGCAUCUCCAUUUCAAAUGUGUUAUCAUUAGCAUUUUUAUUACACAGAUUGAUCUUUUAAAUUACUUAUUGCCUCGCCAAAGGAUAAAUAAGAAUUUUUUUACCCCUGCGUACAACAUCAGAUUCAAAUUCGCCGUCCACGAGGAAAAAUGAUCCUUUAAAAACUGUUUUCUGAGAAUAGAGACCUCAUAAAAUGUAUGUAAAGUUCGCCAUAAUUCCAAAUUGGUAUACAGGAAUUCUGCUUGGUCAGCCUCUAAACAGGUACGUCGUGAACCAGCUCUGUUAACCAGAGAGCCGCUGAAAGUCAACAAAUUGAAGCUUUUGGGAACUGCAGCGCGUAAUCAAUCAGUUGAGAUAUAGCCUUAGUAGUAUUUAUACAACAUGAUAAAGUGGCAAGGAAAUUAACCUACGGGAUGUGUUCAAAUUGUACGGUAAA